AUGCAGCGACGGAUGCUGUCUGGGUUCUGGGCAGCAAGUCCCGGCGACAAUGCGCACCACCGCAGCUGCCUUCCUCGAUCUUGCAGUGCGACUGGUUCGAUAUUCCCCCGAGAUAUCACCACAAAUAUGUCCGACAGAUCCCUUUACAGAAAUGUCUUCCUGCACCUUGCCUCAACAGGAGCCACUUUUGGAGGCUUAUACCAGGCAGGCUCAAUUACUGAGGAGAUUUUCCUCUGGAUGAUUCAAAAUGUCCUUCUAGUUGCAGAACAGCCGCUAACCAUCACACACCGAGCUUCAAGUCGAGUCAUCACCCAUACUACACAUGUGCUUGAGCUUGGAGAUUAUGAUGUCUCCUCUGCAGGACCCAUUCAAGUGACUGAUGAAGUUUCUUCUUUGCGAAUCCUGAGCUACUCCAUUUCAAGCCAAGAGAACGAUCACUUCCGGGAUGGGGUCCGCGCAAGGGAUGGAAGAUGUGUCAUUACUGGAGAUCUCAAUCAAUUCGCGCCAUUUGGUAGAUGGACUGGAUUCGAUGCUGCACAUGUUUUCCCCUUGCAGCAUGAAAAUAUAUGGAUUGAUCAAGGCUACAGCUGUUGGGUUACAAAUAUGGAAGAUGAGGAUGGAUACAAAAUCAUAUCAUUUGGCCUAGAUAAUGCUCGGGUUGAUGGAAGGAUACUCGACUCAAUCUGUCGCAACCCAAAUGAUAGUAAUCGCGUGUCCGAUGAGUUACUGCGGUGGCAUUUUCGGCAAGCCGUGCUUGCUAACGUCAAGGGCGCAGGGGACCCUAUUUUCGAGUUUGAUUUCCCCCCUGGUACAGACAUGCUAGCAGACAUCCGCGAGGGCCCAUUGAGCAAGGAAAGGUUCGAAAUGGAAAUAGCGUCAAGACUACAAGGCUUCUCAAGGGAAGACCAGGUCUAG